UCAGGUUUGACACGAUAACAUUUAAAGAAAUUUAAAGUGUGAAAAUAAAAAAAAUAGUUACAGAGUAAUGCCUGAGAUAAGCAGAGGUUUCACAUUCGAACAUUCCUGUGUCAUAGAGUUCACUAAGCCGAGAUGCCUGAGCUGGCUGUGUGAAAACUGUUUCUACAUUAAACGGUUCUGUUGCUGCUGCAGCUUGAAGUUCGGAGCGUUCAUUGUAGCUUUGUGCGGCAUGCUUUACAUCGGCAGUUUCAUAUAUUUGCCGUAUUAUAGGAUAUGCUCUUGCAAACAAGAUUUCUUUCUGUCACAAAUAAAGUUAGGAUCGGAUUUCAACGACCUGAAAGCGAUCUAUGACCAAGCGAUAGCUUUCAACCCUUUCGAUGACAUAAACAAAUAUAUACUCGGUUUAUAUAAACCCAUUAAGAACAUAGUAAUGCAAAAUCUAAUGUGUUUCAUAUUGUUCCCUUAUGUUCUGCUUUCAUUCUUUAGUAUGUUAUUCCUGCUUAUGGCUUGUUCGCCCUGUUGCAGAUGUUUGUCAACUGUUUUGUUACUAUGUAUAUUCCUCAGCCAAGCUCUCAAUACGUUUAUUAUCGGUACUAUUAUAGACGGCGUUGCGUUCAGAGAGUGUGAAUGUUUUGAAAACUGGCCCUGGACACUACAUAGCCUCAUAUUUUAUCCAAUUUGGUUCUACUUUUAUAUUGUUAUAAGAAGCUUCAAGAGGUUAAGAAAGGAAAAAGCGAGGGCAAAAAAGGUAAUUCAUUAA